ACAUGCUUUCAGUUUAAGAAUUUCCUAAAUUAAUAAUGUUAUCAGUAUCUAUCAAUUAGUGCUAAAAAAAAAAAUGAUCGAAGUUUUGGUCGAACUAUUAAUGACAUUCUUAAUAGUUCACGCGAUCGCCAGAGCCCUUAUACAUGGAACUAAACAAGGAAAACGGAACGAACUUUCCGUUAUUUUCCCUGCAAGAAAGGAAAAAGUAUGUCCAGAGAUUAAGGCGAUAAAACGAAAUAAAAAUAUGGCGCUAGACGAAGGGGGUUACCUAUAUAGGUGUAUCGGAAAACCAGCAGACGUAGAUACAGUGGAGCAUCCAUCAGGUUUUGCAGAAAUGUUGGUACGAAAAAGGAAACGUCAACAAAGGGUCUUCAGAUGAUUCUUCAAUAAAUAAGAAUGAACGCAGUGAAUAUUUUAAAUAAAAAUUAAUUUACAAGGUUCUAGCAACGCGAUGUGUCCCAUUUUUUUGUGCAUUAUUUAUGUACACAUGUAUAUUUGCUUUGAAAAGUCAUCGUGUGACACAACAGUAUCGGAAUUGGUAACUUUACACUGCCAUGAAUUAAA